UUGCAGAUCUUUGUGGUAGUAGCAAAUAUUCAAAUGAGAACUUUGAAGACCGAAGUGGAGAAGGGUUCCAUGUGAACAGCGCUUGGACAUGGGUCAGUCGGCCCUAAGAGAUGUGGAAACCUUGUAUCAAGGGCGCACUGCGCGCCGCACAUCGAAAGGGGGUCGGGUUAAUAUUCCCGAACCGGGUUGUGGAGGUGGACGGUAACGUAAGCAGCUCCGGAGAUGCCGGCGGGGCCGUGGGGAGGGUUCUCUUUCCUUCUUGACGGCUYGCCCACCCUGGAAUCGGAUCAACCGGAGAUAGGGUGUAGCGCCCGGCAAAGCACCGCGCGUCCUGUGGUGUCCAGCGCGCCCCUGUCCGGCCGGAUCAAAAUAGGUGUCGACGCCAGAGCGUCCUUGAGGGUCGUGAAGGCCUGCUCUAACUCCGCGUCUUAACUUGGAGGCUGGUCCUUUCGUAACAGGUUCGUUAGUGGUCGUGCAACCGCGGCGAAACCCUUGAUGAAACGGCGAUAGUACGAUGCCAACCCCAAGA